UUUAAAGCGCGUGAGGCGUUGGAGUUUUAUUUUUUGACAGCCUGUCAUUAUUAUUUUUGGAUCGUUACAUGCCAUCUCAAUUAGAGCAGCUUCGUCAGUACACGUCCGUUGUUGUGGACAGCGGGGACUUCAACUCCUAUGCGAAGUUCAAGGACUUUGUCCAAGACGGGACGACCAAUCCUUCUUUGUUGUACGCCGCCUCCAAAAUGGGGGAGUAUCAACAUUUGAUGGACAACGCGGUCGAAUACGGAAAGAAGAAGGGCAACAGCUUGGAAGAAAAGGUCAGUUGGGCGAUAGACAGGCUAUCUGUGGAAUUUGGUGUCGAGAUUCUCAAAUUGGUUCCCGGAAGGGUCUCUACUGAAUUGGAUGCAAGGCUGAGUUUUGACACUGAUGCAACCAUAUUGAGGGCGCGGAGGUUGGCAGAAAUUUACAGAGAGGUCGGAAUUGACCCGGAAAAGCGAAUUUACUUCAAAAUUGCCAGCACCUGGGAGGGUAUUCAGGCCGCUCGUGUUUUAGAAGAAGAGGGAUUGCAUUGUAAUCUCACGCUGAUUUUCAGCUUAGCACAGGCGGUCGCAUGCGCGGAGGCGAAAGUCAGUUUGGUCUCGCCAUUUGUUGGACGAAUUCUAGAUUUUUGGAAAAAAGAAACUGGAAAAACGUACAGCGGAAAAGAGGAUCCAGGCGUCGUAUCCGUUACUCAAAUUUACAACUAUUAUAAAAAGCAUGGAUACAAGACGCUUAUUUUGGGCGCGUCUUUCCGAAACAAAGAUGAAAUACUUUGUCUUAGUGGGUGCGAUUGUUUGACCAUUUCUCCCAAGUUCAUUCAGGAGCUUCAUGAGUGCGACGAGCCGAUUCAGAGGUGCUUGUCUCCAGAGGCGGCAAAAAGUGCGGAUUUGCCCACGCUGAAAGUUGACGAGAAGAAUUUCCGUUGGGAGCACAAUAAGGACUUAUGCGCAUCGUAUAAGCUGGCAGAAGGUAUCAAUUUAUUUGCUAGAGACACAGAAAUGCUCGAGGAACUUGUAAGAGCGAAAAUGUCAUAGUUGUUUUUGUGAAUCAAGAUCGCUCAAAAAAAAAAAGUAAAUCGA